AUGGACACGUCUGUUAUUCUGCCUGUCGAAGCUGAAGGGUUCAUUCAAAGUCUGGAAACAUUUGCCCUCCGGGAGGUGGGCUCUGCGAGAUGGUUCCGACAACAUGAGUAUAUUGAGAAGCUGAACAUGCAGGCAAUACUGAAUGCUUCGGCAGUGCAUGAGGAGUUUGUCAAAGAGCUCCUGGUAUCGCUUGGAAAAAUACCUGUCCUGGUCCAUGAGAUGAUCCUUGUGGAGGUGUGGAAGCAGAAAGUGUUUCCCAUCCUGUGUCAGCUUCAGGACUUCAAUCCCAAGACCACGUUUCAUCUUUACAUGGUGAUCCAUCAUGAGGCAACAGUCAUAAACCUACUUGAAACAAUACUGUUUCAUAAGGAUUCAUGUGACGCAGCUGAUGAUUCUCUUCAUGACUUGGUGGAUUACUGCCACCGUAAACUCACCCUGCUGGCCAGUGGAGCAACCAGGCCAGGCGCCCAUACUCAAAACCAGCACAACCAAACAUCCUCCAUAGAGGAAUUACAGAUGCAGAAUAUUGCGGUGGAGUUUGAAAUCUCCCUGAAAGCUGUAUCGGUGCUGCGCUACAUCACAGAUCACACUGACAGUAUCAGUGUGAUCAACCGAAUGCUGUGCACACACAACAUGCCCUGUGUUCUGGUUCAGCUCAUUGACUCCUGCCCUUGGAGUCGCUGCCAGAAAGGUGAACUACAAAAGCACGUUAAUGGUGAAUGGCAGAAGGUUCCAGCUGAGGACCAUCUAAAGAUGACUAAACUAGACGGGCAGGUCUGGCUGACUCUUUACAAUUUGCUGCUUAAGGAAGAUUGCCAAAGAAAAUACGACUUCAACAAUUUCAACAAGAAUCAGCUUCUGAAGCUCAGGGCUUUCAUGACAGAUGUGCUGAUCGAUCAGCUACCGAACCUGAUUGAACUCCAGCGGUUCCUGGCCCAUCUUGCUGUCACAGACCCGGCCCUUCCAAAAAAAGAGCUAAUUUUAGAACAGAUCCCUGAAAUGUGGAACAAUAUUGUCCAAGAGAAUUCUGGGAAGUGGAAAGCAAUAGCCAAGUAUCAAGUGAAAGAAACCUUCAGCCCAUCUGACAGUGAUUUGAGACACCAGGCUCAGAGGCUGGCUCAGACUUACAACUUGGACGUGAUGGAAAGUUUACUCCCUGAGAAACCAAAGUGUGGAUCCUGUGGGAAAGAGGCUUCAAAAAGGUGCUCUCAAUGCCAAAGAGAGUGGUACUGUCACAGACAGUGUCAGGUGAAGCACUGGCCUAAACACAAGAAAGCGUGCCCGCUCAUGGUCGAGGCCACGGAGAAGAUCCAGCAGGACCUUCAAAUUCAAACCUGA